AUGAAAAGGAAAAAUUCUUCUUCGGCGAAAGAACCGACAUUGAUUAUAUCGCCGAAUUCUCCGGUGCAAAUAAAACCGGUGGGAGGAAGCGCGUUGCUCACAUGUCAACCGGAUGUAGAAAAUCAAAAUCUCGUUUCCGAUUUGUCGUGGAAAGGACCACAAAAUCUCACGAUCGAUCAGCACUAUCCCGACAGGCAGUGGGUUAAAACGGAAAUCAUGACUCCGAACACUUUAGGUCUUCUUCUGGAAUAUUUUAGCGAAAAUUUAGCUGGAGAAUAUACUUGCACGGCAAAUUACGCGAGUUAUAAACUAUCGAAAUCCGUUCGAUUAGAAAGCAUAUAUCCGAUUAAAUUUGAAGACGCACCGGAAACUCAAAAUCCAAUUAUAAACACCGAUUACAAAGUUAAGUGUAAAGUUUCGGCGAAUCCACCUCCCCAAGUUGAUUGGAGUAAAAAUCGGGAACUCAUAAAACCAUCCAAUCGAUACAUAAUCGAACCCGACGGUUUACUCAUAUCGAAAGUGAAAGAAACGGACGAUGGAGUUUACACGUGUCGUGCCAUCGUCAUAAAAACCGGAGAACUCGCCAUAAGGCACAUUAAAGUCGAGGUACACACUCCUCCGACGAUUCAUUUCAAUAACAGCACGAUAGAAGUAAUCGAAGGUGAAAUAGCAUCCGUUCCGUGCAUGGCAGAGGGAAAACCUAAACCGACGUAUUCGUGGAUAAGAAAAGAAAAUAAUGCCAACGUUGCCAAAAUGUCCAGGUUCGGAGUCAACGAAUUGACCGGAACGAUGACGAUAAAUCCGGUCGAGGAAAAAGAUCACGGAGAGUAUAAAUGCGUGGCGAGUAACGCUGCUGCCAACGCGGAAAGAAUAAUAAAAAUAUCGGUGAGCAGCAAACCGAAAAUAGCACCCAAUAAAAAUGUGACGGUCGUCAUCAACGAAGAUGUCAAAUUGGAAUGUUUGGCGAGAGGAAGGCCCGCGCCUAAAAUAUCGUUCAAAAAAUACGGUUCGACGACGAGAAUGCUCGAGGGAAGACAAUUAUACGAUCCGAGAGUUUUCGUGACGAACGAACAAAUCGGGGAAGAUGAAACAAUCGGAAGUUUGCUCAUACAGCAAGCCAAAAAAUCGGAUGAUGGAUUGUACGAAUGCAUAGCGACAAACACGGCUGCGGAAUCGUACAAAACCGGACACGUGACCGUAGAAUUUCCUCCGUCAUUCGAAAACACUCCGAUCAACGAAACGUGGACGUGGGAAAGGAAUCCGGUUAAUCUCACGUGCAUCGCCGAAUCCAUACCCAACGCGACGAUCAAUUGGAGAUUAAACGACAGGGAUAUAGAAAAUGAUAUACACGUGAGGAAAUACGGGAGCGGACCCGUGAGCACUUUGUUGGUUACGCCCCUGAGCAAUCAAUAUUACGGAGCGUACACGUGCGUCGCGAUGAACAUACACGGGGGUGCGAAUCACACGAUUUUCUUGAAGGAAGCUUUCAGGCCGAGCUUUCACAUACAAGCCAAAAUGGAAGCCAUCACGGCCACGACGAUCAGGUUCGUGAUAACGAGUUCUCAAAUAGAUGGCGGCAUACCUAUCAGGUCUUACGUUGUCCAAUACAAAUUACUUCACGAAAGUUGGAACGAUGCUUUAAACAGGACUUGGGCACUCGGAGUACCCUACGUCGUGGAAAAUCUUUUGCCUCAAAUGUCUUACAGCUUUAGAUUCGCGGCACAAAACGACGUCGGCCUUGGAAAUUGGGGUCGGGAAGAAUUUUACACGAUGCCACAGAGGUCCCGUCCCGGAGAACCGAUUAUUUUACUACGAGACGACGAAAGAGGUUUCGUGCAAAGUCCAUACGAUCACAAAUUCGAACUCAGAUGGAAAAUUCCAGCGGAUAAUGGCGAACCAAUAGACAGAUACGAAAUCAGAUGUUGCGAGGUCGUGCGAAGAGAUUUAAGGUUUCAAGAAUUAUCUUGUCUAGACGAGAUAAGAAUAAACAAAAAUGAAGGAACGUCUUUCCUGUUAACGGGUUUAGCAUCUGAUUCCUUUUACAAAGCGGAAAUUAGAGCUCAUAAUUCCAUAGGAAGUUCCGCUCCGGGAAUCACGAUAUUUCGAACGGCGAGGGGUAUCGAUAAGGAUCACCUCGUCGCUUCAGCGAAUCAAGGACUUUUUCUCAGCAGUGCUGCCAUUGUUGGCAUUGUCGUCGCAAGUCUUUUCCUAACACUCAUCAUAAUUGACGUCAGUUGUUUCUUCGUCAAUCAGGCUGGUCUUUUUUAUCUUGUUUGCGGGACUAAAAAAAAAGCACCACAAGAGGAAAACAAACUCACAAGCUUAUACGGUUGGAGAUUUCCCCUCCCUUAUUGCAAUCACCGGACGACGACGAGUUACGCAGGGGGUGGCGCCAAAAAAAAAUCGUCCACCAUCAAUCAAUCAUUUCUCGAAGAAAAAGAACUCCUGAGAGAAAAUGGAAAACCUAAAGUUGAAGUCAUGGAUGAAAGACUGAAAAAAGAAACGAGGCUCACGUUCGAUGAUAAAAAUUCAUGUGUGAAAACAACUUUCGUUGGUAAAGAUUCCGCCGUGUAG